AUGGGCGGAGUGAUCGGAUGCGGACAACUCAGCACCAUUCAACAUGGAUCCUUUACUAUCGAGUCUUGUGGCAGCCCAUCUGAAGAGGUUGCUAAAAGAAGCAAUGCAAGCUGCAUUCAAGAUGAAACCUAUGCAUUUUCGAGCAUCGUAAGAUACAGAUGUGAGAAAUAUUAUGAACUGCAGGGGCCGGAAUUUAGACAUUGCGCGACGGAUGGAGAAUGGACCGGACUCACCCCGUUUUGUAAGCCAGUAUGCGGAAAGAAGGCAAGUCAAAUUCAACUAUCAGCAGGAGGAAAUACAUCUGAAAUAGGAGAAUGGCCAUGGCAAGCGGCCAUUUAUGACAUGAAGAAGGAGGAUAUUAUAUGUGGAGGGGCUCUCAUUAGGGAAGAAUGGGUGCUAACAGCUGCCCAUUGUGUCGUUGUGGAUGGUUCCAUCAGAACUCGGCACACUGAAGACAUUUUUGUCUACCUUGGGAAGCAUUACCGAUCUGAUAUCAAGAAAGAUGAACACGUGUCUCACAUAAUCUUGCACAGGGACUUCAACGUACAUAAUAACUACGACUCGGAUAUAGCUUUAUUGAAACUAAAAAGACCUGCCGUGCUAACAUCACGAGUUCAGUUGGUAUGUCUCCCGAACCGAUUUGAUUUCUCUGAGGCGAACCUCGACAGUGGAGUGCCAGGAUGGGUGGCCGGUUGGGGUCAUGACGGCUCGGAUAAACUCGCAGCUCUCCUGACGCAGGUUCAACUCCCGGUGAUAUCCAAUCUCAAAUGCGUUCGGGACACCCUUCGUUUCACGGGAGACCCCGGCUUCACUCGUACUCUCACCUCAAAUAUGUUCUGCGCGGACUUUGGAACUGUGUGUCCUGGGGACUCGGGGAGUCCCAUGGUCUUCCUCUCCAAUACAUCACAGGACAGCCACUGGACGAUGGAAGGGAUCGUUCUCCCGGUGGAUCAACAGGGUAAUAUAUAGUGGCUACUGAGAAAUCACAAUUUAUUUAACUAAACGGAAAACCUUGAUAACCGAAAUGAAAAAAAGAAUCGUCAAACAGUCUUGUGCAUUUUUGCCAAUGUGCGCACUCACAC